UUUUUUUAGGCUUGUAUCCAAACAUUAAAAUUUGACAUCCGCCACCAAAUGUCAAUGUCAACAAAGACUCAAAGAUGUAUUUUUAUUUUGUGUCGAACGAAAAAGUUUUUUGUGUAUACAAUACAUCGCUGCUUAAAACUUGUAACAUAGCUAAUAUUUAAGAUUAUAAAUAGCGAUCUAAAAAAAGUCCUUUGAAUAUAGUGUGUCGACCGUUUCGCAUCUUUUUUGUGUAUACCUACUUAAAACAGUUUUUUACUUAAAUUUAUUAAUUCGAGUAUUUAUGUACCUACCAACUUUAUUUCUCUCAUGGUCAACAAUUUUAUUACAAAAUUUCGCCGUGUGAUUGAGGUUACCGGAGGCCUAAUCCUUCCCCUACAACAAUCCGUUCCCUUUCCCAAAAUCUCCAAAUCCCUAAUCCCCAAAGGUCGACAACGCACUCGCAACUCCUCCGUCGUUGCGGGUGUCCUUAUGGGCGACGCUGAUUGCUUACCAUCAGUAAAAAGAGCCAAUAGACCAUCACAAACGGGGGCUCUCUAGGGGUGAUGUUCAGCUGGGUUCUUUGCGGGUGAAGGCAGGAAAAUGAAGACAGCUGUAACUGUCCUGCAGGAAAUGAUGGUGAAGAUGGGCCAGACGCCUGAAUAUGAAUGUAUAGCUCAGAGCGGGCCGCAGCACCAGGCCAUGUUCGACUACCGCUGCGUGGCGUGCGGCGUGGUGGUGACGGCGACGGCGCGCUCCAAGAAGGAGGCCAAGCAGGAGGUGGCGCGCCUCAUGCUGCAGCAACUGUCGCGCCGCGGGCACGCCGUGCCGCCGCCCUACGCCGCGCCCGCCGCGCCCGCCGCGCACGAUACGCCCGCGGGCGGGGCGAGCGGCUCCAGCGACGUACGAAGCUACGUGGCGCUGCUGAAGGAGCUAUGCGAGGAAUACAGACUGUCCGCCGUGACUUACGAGCUGGUCGGAGACACAGGCCCCCCGCACCUGCGGCACUUCACGGUGCGCGCGCGCAUCGGCCAGCACGAGCGCGUGGCCACCUCCACCACGAAGAAGACGGCGCGCCAGAUGGCGGCAGAAGAGCUAUACUCGUACUUACGGGAGAACCUGGCGCGCGUCACCCGGGACUUCAACGAGGAGGAUGCACUAAUGCGAGCGCACGAGAAAGCCAUGGAACGCUACAUGGAGUGCGAGGAGCACUCACGCCGCCCCGACCUCGGCCAGCGCAUCGCCGACUACCACCUCGCACUCGCCGCGAGCCUCGACGAGGAGUCGCGCGCGCAAGCGAUAGGCGCGCUGGAGGCGGCGCACGAGCUGUCCCCCUCGGCCGCGCUGGAGGCGGCGGCGGCGGCGCUGCGCCUGCGCCUGGACUGGCUGGAGCUGGCGCCGCUCUGCGUGGCGCAGCUGGCGGGCGCGGGCCCGGACCUGGCCUUCCCGGCCGCCACGCCGCAAGCCGCCGCGGCCGACGCGCUCGACUACCUGCGCCGCGCCCUGCUACUGAGCACGCCCGACUCUACUGACUCGGCUGACCUACCCAAUCAUCCUGGCAUCGAUGAAAUUAUGCGUCCUGCCUUUCCUGACCUGCUCGACGAUGAUAUGCUCAUGUAAUAAAGUAUUAUGUACAAACACGUUAAUUUAAGAACAAAG